UGCCCUCCUCCCCGUCGCCGGCAGCAGCAGCAGCUGUUGUAAUUGUAACAGAACCCCGUCGCUUCCGUUGCCGCGUCAAGCAUUCAAUCACUGCUGCCAUCACCUCACCUCACCUACCACCCAUUCACCACCAACCCCUUCGUUCCCGUGCCGCCCGCUUCCACCGAUCGAUCCGUCCGUGGUUGCCUGGGCUCCGUGCCGCGUUGAUUAGCGAGGAGAAGGAGGAAGCGGCACGCGAUGGACUCGGCGUCGGGGGCGAUGGACCUGGUCGCGGCGCUGCUGCGGGGUAGGGUGCCGCCGGAGCUGGCGGGGGAGGGCGUCGACGGGCGGGCGCUCGUCGCCACGCUGGCGGCGGCGGUUCUCGGCGCCGCGCUACUCGUGCUGUGGAGGCUGGCCGCCGCAGGGAGGAAGGGGAAGAAAGAGGUGGCCGUGGCGGAGCUGGCGACUCAAGCUAAGGCGAUGGCCGUUAAGAGCGCUGAGGAGGCGGCCGACGACGGGAGGAAGAAGGUCUCCGUCUUCUUCGGCACGCAGACCGGCACCGCCGAGGGGUUCGCUAAGUCAAUUGCUGAGGAGGCAAAGGCAAGAUACGACAAGGCAGUCUUCAAAGUUGUGGACUUGGAUGAUUAUGCGGCAGAGGAUGAGGAAUACGAGGAGAAGUUGAAGAAGGAGAAGCUCGUGUUGUUCUUCGUUGCAACGUAUGGAGAUGGUGAGCCGACUGACAACGCUGCUAGGUUCUACAAAUGGUUCACUGAGGGAAAUGAGAAGGGAGUCUGGUUGAGUGACCUUCAGUAUGCUGUGUUUGGUCUGGGCAAUCGACAGUAUGAGCAUUUCAACAAAGUUGCCAAGGUGGUUGAUGAGUGCCUAACUGAACAAGGUGGAAAGCGCCUUGUCCCGAUUGGUCUUGGAGACGAUGAUCAAUGCAUUGAGGAUGACUUCAAUGCAUGGAAAGAAGCUCUCUGGCCAGAGUUGGAUCGGUUACUUCGGGAUGAAAAUGAUAUUUCCACAGGCACUACGUACACAGCUGCUAUUCCUGAAUAUAGGGUUGAAUUCGUCAAGCCUGAGGAGUCAGCUCAUCUGGACAGAAACUUCAGCCUAGCAAACGGUCAUGUGGUCCAUGAUGCACAGCAUCCUUGCCGGGCUAGUGUGGCAGUACGGCGGGAGCUCCACACUCCUGCUUCUGAUCGUUCGUGCACUCACUUGGAGUUCGACAUUGCUGGCACCGGUCUUACGUAUGAAACCGGUGACCAUGUUGGUGUAUACACCGAAAACUGCCUUGAGGUUGUAGAGGAGGCAGAGAGGUUGUUAGGCUACUCACCAGAGACAUUUUUCACCAUCCAUGCCGACAAAGAGGAUGGAGGUUCUCUUGCUCCUCCUUUCCCCUCCCCUAUCACUGUGAGGAAUGCACUUGCCCGAUAUGCCGAUCUUCUAAAUUCACCAAAGAAGAGUUCUUUGGUUGCAUUAGCUACUUAUGCUUCAGAUCCUGCUGAGGCUGACCGUCUGAGGUUCUUGGCAUCUCCUGCUGGGAAGGAUGAAUAUGCUCAAUGGGUUGUCGCAAGUCAGAGGAGCCUGUUGGAAGUCAUGGCAGAGUUCCCUUCGGCAAAUCCUCCACUUGGAGUCUUCUUUGCAGCUGUCGCUCCUCGUCUUCAACCGCGAUAUUACUCAAUUUCAUCUUCACCUAGUAUGGCACCAACCAGGAUUCAUGUCACAUGUGCGCUUGUGAAUGAAACAACACCAGCUGGAAGGGUACACAAGGGAGUCUGCUCAACUUGGAUCAAGAAUGCUGUUCCAUCGGAAGACAGCAAGGACUGCAGCUGGGCUCCGAUAUUUGUGAGGCAAUCAAACUUCAAACUACCAGCUGAUCCUUCAGUGCCGAUUAUCAUGAUUGGCCCAGGGACCGGUCUUGCACCCUUCCGCGGCUUCUUGCAGGAAAGGUUAGCCCAAAGAGAAUCUGGAGCUGAGCUUGGUCGAUCCGUGUUCUUCUUUGGGUGCAGAAAUAGCAAGAUGGACUUCAUCUACGAGGAUGAGCUGAACAAUUUCCUUGAGCAAGGAGCAUUGUCUGAGCUGGUUCUCGCCUUCUCACGUCAGGGCCCUACUAAGGAAUAUGUGCAACACAAGAUGGCACAGAAAGCAUCUGAAAUCUGGGACAUGAUCUCCCAAGGUGGUUACAUCUACGUCUGCGGUGAUGCCAAAGGCAUGGCCAGAGAUGUACACAGAGUUCUCCACACCAUUGUUCAGGAGCAGGGCUCGCUAGACAGUUCUAAGGCUGAGAGCUUUGUGAAGAGUCUCCAAACGGAGGGCAGAUACCUGAGGGAUGUGUGGUAAAAGGCUAUCUUGAGGAGAUGAAAAAUACCUGAUAUUCAGGGGACACUAUUAAUUCAUAUUACAGUUGUACAAUUGUACAACUGUUGCUGUAAGAGUACUGACGACGGACUAAGAUCAGUUGUUUUUAGUGGCUCUACGUUUCUUUUUCUUUUCUUUUGCUUUUGAGAUUCUUAAGGGGGUUUUGCACCAGUGUAUUAUAUAUUCUUUGUAUGUAUAAGAUGAGGACAAUAAGCCUAUUAUAGUUUUUAUA